AUGAUUGAACAGCUGCUUAUCACAAGGGCGCCGCCGUCGCUGGGCUUUGCCUACACUGGCCAAUCGGUGCUCGGCACCGCCGGGUUUGCCUCGUGCGAUGAUGCCUUUGGUCCCUUCACAUUUGGCUGUCGCAAUGGCCGCCUCGAUUUUACCUUGUUUUUUGAACAUGCAAUUUUCACAAUUAUCCCUUCGGCUCUCUUCAUCAUCGCGGCCAUUGUCAGCAUCUUCCAGCUAUGGGGCCUGAAGCCCAAAGUCCACGCGACAUUCAUAUACUACAUGAAGAUGACUAUCGCAUUCGCAUUAAUUGUCACGAAAGCAGUGCUCCUUGCACAGUGGAUAUAUCUACGCGCAAGCGUGCCUGCCGGCACGGUGUCAGUUGCCGCUGCUGCCGUCAACGUCGCCGACGCCGUAUUCCUUGCACUUCUCGGGAAACUGAGCCACAUACGAUCUAUUACACCCUCGAAAUUGAUUAUUGCCUUCACGUUCUUCUCUACUGUGCUUGAUGGCUUUCGAUACCGAACCAUCUUCUUGGUGGACGAGCUGGCGCCACUGACUUACACAUUUGGCGCGAGCAUCGCUGCUAAAGCCGUUCUCUUUGGCCUGGAAGCCAGAAGUAAAAGAUCCAUUAUGAUCGGGGAUUGGAAGACGCUGGGCGCAGAAGAGACUUCAAGCAUCGUGGGCCAGCUUUCCCUUUGGUGGGUGAACCCCCUCCUUCAGAUCGGCAAUGCCUCUUUCCUGCAGCCAAGCGACCUUCCCCGAUUGAAACCCGAGCAGCGGGCCCGCUCUUUGCUGCAAAAAAUGCUUCAGAAUUGGGAAAAGUACAAAGACAGCGGCAAAUACGCACUGGCUUUCAUGGUGCUGAAUAGCUGUAGGUCAGCUGUGAUUGCUGCUGCUAUCCCGCGCCUGAUCCUUUCCGUCUUCAAACUUCUCGUUCCCCUCUAUACUAAAGCAGUCAUUCAGUAUGCCACACGGCAGGACAGAGAUACAGAAGUGGACCAAGGCAGCGGAUAUGCUUUGAUUGCUGGCGCCUUCCUCCUUUUCUUCGGAAGGGUGUUGGUAUCCAAUGCAUAUGAGCAGGCAAAGGGGCGCAUGAAAGUCAUGAUGCGUACGUCCAUGAUGGCAACGAUUUUGCACUACGGCGCGCAAAUGGAGCCAGGAGAGAAGAAGGGCUCAUCUGCACUUACCUUGAUUACUGUGGACGUUGGCCGUGUGACGGCUUCAUUUUACUUCAUCCAUGAUUUCUGGAUUGCCCCGCUCGAGACUGCCUUUGCCAUUUGGCUCUUGGCUGGCCAGGUUGGAUGGGGGUUCAUUGGCCCGCUCAUUACAAUUGUCAUUGGCGCUGUGAUAUCUGGCGUGUGCGGGAUGUACGUUCCCAGUGCGCAAAAGAAGGUCAACGAGGCCGUCGAAAAACGAGUCAGCGACACAACCACCGUGAUUGGCCACAUGAAAGAAACGAAGAUGCUUGGGCUUAUCGACUCCUGGUUCGUUGCCAUAAAAAAAUUGAUGGACCACGAAAUCCGUCAAUCUCUGGCCUUCCGAAGACUCAUGACUAUCCUCAACGUGAGCAGCAAGGUGCCCGAGAGUCUCGCCCCUCCCAUCACUUUUGGCAUCGCUCUUCUCGCUACCAAGGCUGGCGAACGACUCUCUGUCGCGGAAGCAUUCACAUCUAUGAGCAUCAUGAACCUCAUUAUUGGCCCAGUUUCCAUGAUGGCACACAUGUACCCUUUCAUAAUCGCUGCUUUGCCAUGCUUCGUCCGUAUUCAGGACUUCCUGAGACUUUGCAGCGAUUAUGAAGCCCGGGUGGCGCUUCUUGGCUCUGCCCCCGAAUUGCCCCGGUCUGAGGACCUGCUACCUAGCUUUGGAGAGCCAAUCUUCUCUACCACAAACGCCAACGUUACCGCCAAGUCGAAGAAAGGACCCUUGAUCAAAGAUGCAAACCUAAGGAUUCUGCCCGAGACAUUCAACAUUGCGGCCGGCAAAGUUGGCUCUGGGAAGUCAGUACUACUGCAAGCUCUCUUGGGACAGCUCAAUGUCAGCGGCGAUGCUAAGGUCCGCACGUCAAACGUUGCAUACUGUUCUCAACAGCCAUGGAUCAUCAGCGGAACAGCGAAAGACAAUAUCAUCUGCAAAUCCGAGUGGGACGAAACUUGGUACAAGACGGUUGUGACAGCUUGUGGCCUAGAUCGCGACUUUGAAGAUUUCCCACAGGGCGAUGCUACGGCUGUUGGGACAAAGGGCGUCUCCCUCAGCGGUGGACAGAAGCAGCGAAUCUCAUUGGCUCGUGGUCUCUUUUCUCGCAAACCUAUCAUUCUUGUGGAUGACGUACUCAGUGGUCUCGAUUGGGCCACGCAACAAUUUGUUUGGGAUCAAGUAUUUGGGCCGUCUGGCCUCCUGCGAAAGAAUGGCGUCACAGUGGUUCUGGCAACUCAUGCGCUUCAUCUGAUCGAUCGGCCGGACAGCGUUAUUCUCCUCGGGGACGAUGGCCCUGGAUCUGUCAUUCAAGGUACACUGGAAGAACUCAAGAAAAACACCAAGAUCCAAGAUUUGAUUGCCACGAGCCACAAGUCUGCCGACGGCGACACAGCAAAUGCGAGCAGCGCCAGCUCACAAAAAGGCGACGCGGACCACGGGACAAAUGUCAACGAGGACGAGAAAAACAAAGACCUGAUUCGAAAAACUGGCGAUAUAACUUUAUAUUCUUAUUACCUCAGCAUGAUUGAUCGCAAGCUCGCAGUACUCGCCUGUUUUACCGUCAUUCUCUCCGCUACCUGGCCGGUUUUGCCGACCCUGUGGCUAAAGUGGUGGACAGAGGCAAACGAAUUGCCCGCGCCGAUCAAUACAGCCUACUACUAUUCAGUCUAUGUUGUUUUAAAUAUCCUGGAAAUUUUCAUCAUGCUUGGGACAUUUUACGUUGUCCUCAUCUACGUUGCGCCGACGGCCCUCCGGAAGGUCCACACGCGGCUGUUGAAGGCUACAAUGAGCGCACCGCUGUCUUUCUUCGUCGCGACACCUCCUGGCGACCUUGUCAAUCGCUUCAGCAGAGAUAUUGAGCAAAUCGACCUGGAGCUCCCAUUGAAUCUGAUCUUUACCUUCAUGGCACUCAUCUGGCUCGUAGCUUUGAUGGGGCUGAUCCUCGUCGGAUCCUUGUACAUGGCAGUCAUUAUCGCUCCGAUGAUGCUUUUCGUCUACUUUCUGCAGAACUACUAUUUGCAGACCUCAAGGCAGCUCCGUUACCUGGACUUGCAAUCCUCUGCGCCCGUAAAUACGCACAUUAUUGAAAUGAUUGACGGCGUCGCGACGGUUCAGGCGUAUGGGUGGGAGUCGCAUUAUCAAGCUGCGGGUAUGGAUCUACUGGACGCAACAAUGAGACCCAAUUACAUGCUGCGCGUUAUUCAGCUCUGGUUGGAGCUCGUAUUGGACCUCUUUGUUGCUUUCGUCUGCGUGCUGCUAAUCAUCAUCUGCAUCACCAUUCCGUCGUCUACAAGCCCUGGAGCAUUGGGUGUCGCGCUGACAAAUAUCACGGGACUGGGGGACUCGCUAGCAUGGCUCGUACUCAGUUUCACGAGCACAGAAACCGCACUUGGAUCCGUGGAGCGAAUCCGUACGUUUGAGACCAAGACGCCAAAAGAGUUGCCGCCUGCGAACCCGCGCCGCCUGCCUACGGUCUGGCCGACGGAGGGUGCCGUGCGCUUCAGCUCGGUCACCGCUUCCUACCCACCGAAAGGGAGCAAUCCGGCGUUCCGCGCUCUCAAUGGUAUCGAUGUGGACAUCCAAGCCGGACAAAAGGUUGCUAUUUGCGGGCGCACAGGCAGUGGCAAGUCUUCUCUGCUUCUCACCUUGUAUCGCUUGCUCGAUCUCGAGUCGGGCUCCAUCACGAUUGACAACAUCGAUAUUACUGACGUUGCCCACAACGUCCUUCGCCCGCGUCUGAUUUCUGUUCCUCAGGAGCCUAUGCUGCUUCCUGGCACUCUGCGUUCCAACCUCGUGCGCAAUUCUAGCGAUGGCGAGCCGGUGGACGAGCUGGAUGAUGAAAAGUUGAUGAAUCACCUAAAGACUGUAGAACUUUGGGAUAUUGUGAAGGGGCAAGGUGGACUGGACGGUGACAUUGCCGACCUGAAGCUGUCGCAAGGACAGAAACAGCUAGUGUGCAUGGCACGCGCGCUCGCUAGCAGGGACGAAAGCUCUGUUCUCAUCCUAGACGAGGCCAUGAGUACUGUUGACAAGCAGACCGAAGAGCUCAUGGUAAAAAUUCUGGAGGACCAUUUCGCGGAGCACACCAUCAUUUCUGUUGUUCAUCGUCUUAACACUGUUGAGAGGUUUGACACUGUUCUGUUGCUGGACGCGGGCGAGGUGGUGGAGAUGGGCUCACCCGAAAAGCUGCUGGCAAAGGAGAAUGGACGAUUUAGGGCGUUGUGGAAUGGGAAGGAAGCAUGA